GUGAGUGCAUUAAGCACAUUAAAGGAUGAUGAUAUAUCGGAUGGAAGUGGUUUAUAUUCGUCAGACGAAGAAAAUGUAAAUAAGACACAUGGUCAUUUAAAGACUUUGGGGAGUGAUGGACCACAUGUUCCCCAUAAGGGUUAUGGGGAUUAUCGUCCUCCCCUUAAAAAGGGAGGGGGGGGAACUUUCCCCCCCUUUGGGGGACAGUACCCUCACCCUACAAGAAGAUAUGGCACCACAAAAAAAGACCAUGCCAAUUCCAAAUAUGGAACCCCAAAAAUUGGAUCACCAAAUUUGGGAACCUUGAAGAGUGGAACACCAAAAAAUAAAAGUUUCUCCCAAAGGAGUAAAAGGGUAAAGGAUGUAUUAAAAGCUUUAUGGAAGAAAUGUGUAUGUCAAGGUAAAAAACAUCCACGUUGGAUGAUGUUUUUUGCGGUGGUUAUACUUUCUGUCCUUUAUGUACUAGUUUUCUGCUGCGCAAAAUCAGGUGCAGGAACUCGCAACUGUGCACUUCAGGCAUGUAAGGAGGCAGCUACUGCUGCUACGAGCACAUGCCAGCACGUAACAUCCAUAACAGCUGGUGUUACAAUAUUCACAGCUACCGCAGCGAUAUUUUUCGCUAUAUUAGGCCUGUUAAUUGGAUGUUAUUAUUUCAAAUCAUUGGAAAAAUAUAUUCAAUCAAAACAUCAACAUUAA